CAGACCACUUCCUCAUAUGGCACAUUUUCGGAAUGGAGCUCAUUGUAGGCUUACUUCUCUUAACGGUCUCGCUUCUACCGUGUAAAGCACAAGGUUCCAGUGCUGUGACUCCUGUGUUUGUGAAGAAGGGAGAGGACGUGCUUUUGAAGAUCAUGAAAGCUGAUGAGCUGCAGAAAUUUUCUUUUUUUUCCUGGAAAUUUAAUGCAAGUGGUAUUUUAGUAACACUUACUCCUAAAGCUGAACCAGAAAUCUAUCCCCGUUACACUGGAAGGAUUGAGUUUUCUGUGGAAAAUUACUCUGUGAAACUGAAGAAUCUACAAAAGACAGACAGUGGAGUUUAUACUGCACAUGUGGUUAAGAUUCCACAAGAAGUAAAAGUAGCUGAAUACAACGUCACAGUUCAAGAUCCAGUGUCUCCAGUUGACCUGACAGUGGACUCUGUGUCCAGAAGCUCAGACUCCUGUAACGUCACUGUGACCUGCAGAACACAGGACUCUCACAUCAACAGCACUUUUAGAUGUGUCAACCAGUCCUGCAGUCAGGAGGGAGGAGAGCAAUCAAAGGUCACAACCUCUGGUGCCUCUCUCCAGGUCUACCUGGACCUGAAUGGCUCAGUCAUCUGUAACCAUAGCAACCAGGUCAGCUCAACUGAGGACAUCAAAACAAUUGAACAAUUAUGCCCCCGACAUUCUGAUCUUACACAAUCACAGAAAGGUGCUUCUGUCACUAUGAUUGCUGUGAUAUUGAUAUUAGUUUCUAUUCUCAUCGUCAUCGUGAUUGUUGCAGGAGUUGUUUAUCAUCGAAAGAGAGGAAAAUAUAACAGAGAGAGCAUCGAAAAUACAGUUUAUGAAGUUCCUCAGACUGCAGCUACAGCCCAAACACCAGUUCAAAGGCCGACGCGUGAUGUUUCAGAGCUUUCUCCAACCUCCACAUACUGCUUGGUGGGGCCUCACACUGGAACUGUGGAAUCCACAGAGACUAGAGACAAACCUCUGCCAGAGAGCCUGUAUGCUCAGGUGGAAAAGCCGGCCAAGCCCUUAAAAAAAUAAUCAGGAAUUGUAUUUCACAGUCUGCACUUGCCGCUAUUUCUAGUUUGUAUUUAAAUGUUGCCCAAGCUGUCGAUGUUUAUGUUUACCUGACCUGCACCGGUACGAAUAGACUGUAAAACAAUGCAUCCCACACAUUCAGAAGUUGCUCUCUGUAUCAGCUCAGCCAGGGAGAGACUCUCAUGUUCAACAGGCCCCAAAAUGUGGGAACAUUUGAACGAGUUUUGGGUGUGUGCACUGGUGAGGACAUUUCCUUUGAAUGACUGAAGCACCAUCUUGAAACACUGUUGUCAAUAAUUCUCCAAUACAUUCAAGAUCAAUUUGGAAAAAGUGAGAAAAAGUGAACAAAUUUUAGUUACCCCUGGAAGUUCAAACUUGAGUAUCUGGGGUUGAGCCUUUAUCUCACUUAUUCACCUGUUCAGACGUUAACCUUAGCCUAUAUUACAGUAAAAAUGCAGUGCAGAAGAACUGUAACCAUUAUAAGACACACAGGAACCUCGCUGCAGUGACCAUCUUUGAAACUCAGCUCACAUGGUCUAAAAGCUUCAGAAGAAGAUCAUGAAUUUUGUGUCUAAAAAUGAUGGACAAAAUGAUGUCUCCUUCUUUAACAAGCCGUAGAUUACAGAAUGUAAAUGUGACUUUCAAGGUCUCACAUGAUUAUUGUGAUUCGAAGUGAUGUGCUGCAGGAUUCUUGUAUUAUUUUAUUGUAUUUUUUUAAUGUUAUUCUUUAAGAUAUGUAAUAAGCGUGUGCUAUGUGGCAUAACUUUCAGCUAAUAGUAUCACAACCAAAGAUUGGGCCAUUGGAACAAAAUUACAUUUUCUUUACUGUUUAUUGUUUUUUUCUGAAGACUUGAAUUAAUUUAUUUAUGUGUGUUUACACCAUGUGUUUUGUUCAACAUGAGGCAAAUUAGUAAAACUAUAUAUAUAUGUAAAUGUGUAUAUAUAUAUAUGUAUAUAUAUAUAUAUAUAUAUAGCCUAUGUAUAUAUGUAUAUAUUCAGAUUUUUCAGUUUCUUAAAAAGAUACUUUUUUAACAUUUAGGCUAGUUAUUUAUACAGAUAUUAUAGGAAUAAUCCCAGUAGGCUUGGAAAGUGUGCUAUGCAAAGUCUGUAGCUGCUCUUAACAUCCACAGCAGAGAUUAUGCUGGAACAAGCUUCAAAGUGUCAUUAAAUGUUUUAUUUUUCCAUACAAAUAUAUUGUUGUGAAUUCAGUGUUUCAAGUGUGUUUCUUACCACAGCAGCACUGAUCGAUUCCUCAGAGUUCAGUAUACCAGAGUGGAAAAUAAAUCAGUGACACAUGAUUUCCACCUUUAUUAAUUAAGGAAGUUACAAAACAUAUAAGAUGAGUAUAUAGCUUUAAUAAUAAUUGUCCUAUAAUGCUGCAUCUACCACAAACUGCUUUCACUAAAAUAAUAAGACAUGCUUGAACAAAUAAUGAACAUAUAAAAUGAACAAACACAUGCAUUUUAAAGAAUAUUGUAAGUAGGACCACAUUCAGUGUUACAUAUAAUGUACUGCUCAGUAUUUCUUG